AUGCAGUUCAACGCACAAACUUCUUCAAGCUACAUCCCUUCCAGUUCCGCACAAACUGCACCCUCCUCCUCUUCACCCUCAAACAACUCACCAGGCGGCAGAGUAGGCACCAAUGGGAAAUGCCAACGUAAGAGAUCCGGCUGCCUGACUUGUAGAUUGAGGAAGAAGAGGUGCGACGAGGGGAAGCCCUCUUGCGGAGCAUGUAGUCGUCUUGGCCUUGAUUGCAUGGGAUAUGAAUCGAAGAGACCUGUGUGGAUGAACAAGAAGGAAAAGGUGAAAGACGUCACGGCUCAGAUAAAACAAACAGUGAACGACACCCGAGCAGCUAAAAUGAGAUCUCACUGGGCAAAUAGAGCAGCAUCGGCAUCACUGACAGCGGACGGGAGAUCUGUUGUAGAUACUGAAGAAGGGAUCAAUAUGUCCACAAGAAGUGAAAACAUCACAGAUGUAAAAGAGCGGAUCGGAAUGAGAAGUCAAGCUGUUGGAGCAGGUUUAUCGUCAGAUCCUUUGAGGUCUUUAGAAAUCACAGAUGGAAAUCAUUUUGUGCUGAGUGGGUCCACGCGCAUUGGACAUGACACCCAUUUCACAUUGCCAUCUUCAGCGCAGACCAGCUAUAAUCCGUCCGAUACAAUGUUCUCCACUCAGCCGACGUCCCCCAUUAUCGAUCCAGAUAUACUGAAUUUGCUUGGACUCGCCCCCACCAAUGAAAGCGCCCAACCAUAUUAUCCAUUAUACCCCCAAGUCCCCAACACUCUCUGGUUUCCAUGUCCAGUGAACACCCAAAGUGAAGAUAUGCGCUACUUCCAUCACUAUCUCACUGUCAUUCUGCCUCUGCAGUACAGGUUUGACAACCAACCUAUAUCUGAUCUCGUCGCUCCUCUUGCUCUUCAACAUCCGGGCUUACUUCAAGCUUUAUCAUCGAUCGCAGCCCUUCACAUCUCGAGGAAACGGUAUCCCCGAUCCGGCAACACCACUCCCUCUGCCAUCAAUAACUACGCAGACCCUGAUGAUGUGUUCGCUCGAACCACUCUUCAAGCCACCUUAAAACAGCUGAAGUCUGUUCCCGCUGCUGAUUUAGGCACAGACGAAUUCAUUCUUGCUGCGUUAACCGCAAAUAGCUUCAACCUAUUUGACGGGGGAGAGGACAAGGGAUGGGUGGAGACUGCGGAGUUGUGUAGAAGAUGCUUGACGGCGGUAUUGUAUCGUUCAUAUGGAAUGGACGUGCCCUCAUCAACAUCGAGGAUGGAUGUAGACAUCGCCGGUCUGAUGAACCGCCUGGGUCAUCUUAUCAGUCCGCUCAUGUGGGUUGACAUCCUCAUAUCUCUCACUCAGAACAAGAGAUCUCAAUUUCUACCCAUCUACCGCGUGUUCCUACUGGACCGAUAUCGAGAGCAAGGCAAAGUUUCCCAACUGCUUCGCGAGACGGUGAUGGGUUGUGACAAUACUACGCGUCUUGCUCUUGCUGAGACUAUCGCACUGUCUGAAUGGAAGGAAAAAUCCCUUCGAACCGGUUCGCUUUCAAACCGAUGUCUCGUCGAGAAGGCAGAUGCCAUAGAGAGGCUGUUGGACGAGAGAAGAUGGAGAGAGGAUCAUUUGUUCGAACGAAACGAUACGUUAACAGUACAUCGGAUGGCGAUGAGUAACGUUUUUCAGCAUGGUGUUAGAGUUUUGCUGGCUACUGUUGUUGAUGGAUGCUUUCCUGGCGUUCCGGACAUAGUCACAGCUGUGCAGGACACAGCAGACGCGCUUCUGGCUUUAGACAAGUGCGAUACUCAAAGUGGGACGGACAAAUUGUUGAUUUUCCCCAUUGUCAUCGCUGGAUGUCAUGCUGAACACCCUGCGUUACAACGCAUUUUCCGUCAACGGUUUACUAGACUCGGAGACGAGGCUGCGGCUUUCGGAAACACGUCCAGUGCUCUGAGACUCAUGGAAGAGGUCUGGAGGCGGCGAGCAGCAGCGAGCAAUGUCGAGGUGCAAUGGCGAAAGGUAAUGUUCGAGAUGUACGAGGAAGGUUUGCUGUUGAUAUAG